GCCGGCCCCGGGCCAGUGCUAGCACGGCCUCCCAAGAGAGCGCAGCCUCACGACCCCGCGACAAACACGCACGCAAUACCACGCGAUGGCGGCAACCGACGAACUCAGCGGCAUACUCUCCCGGAGACAAGAAAUAAACGAAAAACUCGAGGAGGGACUCGAUAUCAAACCCAAAUACAGAUUUGUCAAUGUCUACACGGAAUUUCACGAGUUCUCCAGGAAAGAAAUAAAACAAUACGAGUUGACCUUCAACAAGUUCGAUGAAGGCCACGACGGUUUCCUGGACCUGACCGAGGUGAAGCGCAUGAUGGAGCGGCUUGGCGCGCCGCAGACGCACCUCGGGCUCAAGGCCAUGAUCGCCGAGGUCGACGAGGACCAGGACAGCAGGAUCAGCUUCAGGGAGUUCAUGCUUAUCUACAGGAAAGCGCGAGCGGGUGAGCUUGAGAACAACUCCGGGCUGGAGGCGCUCGCGCGGCUCACAGAGAUCGACGUCGACCAGGUCGGCGUUAACGGCGCCAAGAACUUCUUCGAGGCCAAGAUCGAGGAGCUCGCCAAGACCAACAAGUUCCACGACGAAAUCAUCCAAGAGCAGGAAGAAAAACGAAGAGAGGCAGAAGAAAAAGCCGCCCGGAGACUCAAAUUCAAGGAAAAAGCGGCCUUAUUUCAACACUAACAAAACACCAAAUUACUGAGCAAUGUCUAGUCCGUAAGCUGUUACCAUGGCUUAUAACUUUGAAGAUCUACAAACUAUUUACUAAGUCUUGUUUAGAUGAAUUUUAGAUUAUAUUGUAUCUACACUUCUGUUGCUUUUUCAAGGUUUAUGUAACUUUACUAUUUACAUACAAAUUGAUGGUAAUUAAUGAUCAAUUAAUAGUUAGUCUUAAAUUAUUUAUGUAUUAAGAGCUGCAGAAAAAUCAAUGCCUAUGCCUAAUGCCUAAUUAAGUUAAUGUUCUGUAGUAAAAAUAUAUAUAAAAUGUUUUGAUGAAAAGUAUAUUUAUAAUGUGGUACGUGUCUGCAUGUUGCCUUGGAUGUUUACAUUAGCAUAGAGGAUUUUUUAUACUUAACUUACUUAUUGAUGGUUGAAAGUGAUGUAUAUGAAUUAUGUGUUAAGGUUGUUUGAAUAAAACUUAUUAAGUAUUA